AUGGCCCCUGCCCUCGACGUCUACGACCACUCGUCGGCCGAGAACCGCACCGUCGGCGCCCUGGGCACGACCACCUCGGGCAAGAAGCUCAGGAUCCGCUCGUACCCCAAGUUCGAGUCGCUCGAGGAGGAGCGCCUGUACCGCAAGCAGCACCUCGCCGCCGCGUUUCGCGUGUUUGCCGAUCGAGGGUUCGACGAGGGCGUGGCGGGACACAUCUCGGUGCGGGAUCCCAUUCUGACGGACCAUUUCUGGCUCAACCCUCUCUCGCAGCACUUCUCCCAGAUCUGCGUGUCGGACCUCAUCCUGGUCAACGAGGAGGGCGAGGUGGUGAUCGGCGACGAGCCCAUCAACGCGGCGGCCUUCGCCAUCCACUCGGAGAUCCACAAGGCACGGCCGGACGUCGACGCCGCCUGCCACGCCCACAGCGUCUACGGCAAGGCCUUCUCCGUGUUCGGGCGCGAGCUGGACAUGAUGACUCAGGACUCCCUGCGGUUCUGGCGCAGCCACGCCGUCUACGACAACUUUGGGGGCGUCGUCCUGGACCGCGAGGAGGGCAAGAGGAUCGCCAAAGCCCUCGGGAACGGCAAGGCCGUCAUCCUUCAGAACCACGGCCUGUUGACGGUGGCGAAGACGGUCGACGCCGCCGCCUUCUGGUUCAUCAGCCUCGACAAGACCUGCCACGCCCAACUGCUCGCCGACGCCGCCAGCGCCGGCAGCGGCAACAAGAAGAAGCUCAUCUCGGACGAGGAGGCCGAGUUCUCUUUCUCGCAGGUCGGCACCGACGAGAAGGGCUGGCUGGCCUUCCAGGGCUACUAUGACGAGCAGCUGGCCAAGACGAACGGGGGGUUCUUGAAAUGA